AUGGCCGACAACAGUUCAACAUUCACUCUCGACAUCUUCAGAGGUACACCCGAAGGAGAGCUGGCUGUUGAACAGACGGCUCGUACUCUUGGCUAUGGCGAACUAUACAUUGAAACAACCCACUCAGGACUGUGUGGCACCGACCUUCACUACCUGGCACGUGGACGCAUUAUCGGCCAUGAAGGAGUAGGCAUUGUUAGACAGUUAGGUCCCGGUGUAUCAAGAGAUAUUAAAGUUGGAGAUCGCGUUGGGUUCGGUUACACACACAAGGUCUGCGGCACUUGUGAGUCUUGUUUGAGCGGUGAGGAUCAGUACUGUUCGUCACGAGUUGACUUUAACAGAAACGCCGACAAAAUGGGUACUAUUUCCUCGGGUGUGAUUUGGGCAGCCGACAUGGUCUUUCCGAUUCCGGACGGAUAUGACUCUGCUGAUGCAGCACCACUUCUCUGCGCGGGUUCUACCGUCUUCACGGUUUUAACUGGGCCCGAGGUCAAAUCAACUGAUCGAAUUGGCGUCAUGGGUGUCGGUGGCCUGGGACAUUUGGCCAUCAAACUCGCUGCAGCCAUGGGCCAUGAGGUCGUAGCUUUGUCAACCUCUGAAUCAAAACGACAGGAAGCACUUGAGUAUGGCGCAACAGAGUUUCUUGUCUACAAUUCAGAGAACCCGGCUCCAGCAGGCUUCAGGCCGUUGAAUCAUCUACUGCUGUGCGGAAAUACUGGAAGCAAAAACUUUAACAAUCUAAUUGAACUCCUGGCUGUGAAUGGCACAAUAUAUCCAUUGACUGUCUCUGCAGAGCAUACCCCUAUUGAUCUUGGGGAACUGACAGGUUUAGGAGCUUCCAUCAAAGGAUCUCUCACGGCUUCGCGCCGCACUAUCAGUGAUUUGAUUCGAUUCGCUUCUCGGCAUGGAAUCAAGCCAACAGUCAUGAAGUUCCCGAUGACGGAGGAUGGAAUCAAGGAGGCUAUUGAUACUCUGAGAAGUGGGAAGAUGAGGUACCGGGGAGUGCUGGUUCGGUAG